UCCCGGUCUUCAGUCACCAUGGCCCACCUGCGGGCCUGCGAAGUCCGGCAGCUGCUGCACAACAAGUUCGUGGUCGUCAUGGGGGACUCAGUCCAGAGGGUCGUGUACAAGGACUUGGUGCUCCUGCUGCAGAAAGACUGUCUGCUCUCUUCCAGUCAGCUGAAGACCAAGGGUGAGCUGAGUUUCGAGCAGGACGUGCUGCUGGAGGGCGGCAGGCGGGGCCGCAUGCACAAUGGCACCCACUACCGCGAGGUCCGCCAGUUCUGCUCCGGCCACCACCUGGUGCGCUUCUACUUCCUCACGCGCGUGUACUCUCAGUACGUCGUGGAAGUCCUGGAAGAGCUGCGGCAGGGCGAGCACGCCCCGGACGUGGUCAUCAUGAACUCCUGCCUGUGGGACCUCUCGAGGUACGGGCAGAACUUCCGGAGGGGCUACCGCGAGAAUCUGGAGAGCCUGUUCGGGCUCCUAGACCAGGUGCUGUCCAUGUCCUGCCUCCUGGUGUGGAACACGGCCAUGCCGGUGGCCGAGGUCGUCUCGGGCGGCUUCCUCCCGACGCAACACCAGCUCCAGGGCGCCCACCUGCGGGAAGACGUGAUGGAGGCCAACUUCUACAGCUCAGCUGAGGCCAGCAGACACGGCUUCGAUGUGCUGGACCUACAUUUCCACUUCCGACAUGCCGGGCAGCACCGGCAGCGAGACGGCGUGCACUGGGACGAGCGCGCGCACCGCCAUCUCUCCCAGCUGCUGCUGGCGCACGUGGCGGAUGCCUGGGGCGUGGACCUCCCCUGCCGCUACCCAGUGGGCAGGUGGAUAAGGAAUGACCCUACCAGCGGAAGUACGAGCCAGGCGAGCGGGAGGCAGUCCCAGGACCGCAGCGGUGACUCAGGCGAACAAGCUGUAACCUGGCUCCUGCCCACGUCCUCGUGCCUCCGUGCCCCACAGCGAUCUUCUACGUCCUUUCCCCAAGCUCAGCCUUUGUUCUCGACAUACGGACAUGGCACCUGUACCCCAUCUUACUCGUCUUUACAACGCUGGCAGCUCUCCAGUGACCUUUCGACACUCCAGGUGGGAUAUGCUGGAGAAGCAAACUUGAGGAUUGCCCCCCAACUGCGUCUGGGCCCCAUCCGCAGAGCUUCUACCCAGCAGCAGAGCAGAGGGCCUCCUCCCUACUCUCUCCGGUGCCCCAGCAGGCCACGCAGACGCCGGCGAAGGCGCACAGACAGACAGACCCAAGCACACCCUGAGGCAAGGCCUCAGUAG